AUGAAGGCGAAGGGGGGAGUAGGGGGCGGGCUUGGGGCUGUGAAGGGCGCGUUCGCCACACGUCUGCAGUCAGGGUCUCACGCCUGCGAUGAUCCGGUGUUGGCUGCUUUCGACGCGGCGCAACAACUGCCCUUUUUGAAGGAGGGAGGGUGGCUCCUGCGUCAGGUGGAUGUGGAGUUUAUGCGCCACCUGCAAAAUAAGGUGAAUAUUGUGCCAGUGAUUGCCAAAGCCGACGCCCUCACCGCUGCCGAGCUCCGCGACCUCAAGGAUCGGAUCAUGUCUGACCUGGAUCGAUACAAGAUCGACAUCUACCGCCUGCCUGAGUGUGACAGCGAUGAGGAGGAGGAAAUCAAGCGCCUGGACAAGGAAAUCAAGGUAACCCCCCUUCUCCCUUCUCAUCCAAUCCCUCUUCUCCUACCCCCUUCCCCUGAUUUACGAAGCAAAGCGACUUCGUGGCCUUUAUGUAUACUGGUAUUUGAUUUGAUUACCUCCUCUUGUUGGAUGAAUCGACCUCACGAAUGUCACGGAUAG